AUGUGUGAAUAAUUCUUGGCUCCUCUUCAAACCUUCGUCUUCCUCAAACGUCACCUCCGAAUACCAGUGAUUGAACCUCGCGCUAGCAACCGACAUUAUGCAAACAGAAGUAAAUCUCUUGCCGGCCUCGGAUAUCAUUGCUGCACUGCAGAUCAUCCUACGUUCACAAGUAAUUAUUCCAGACCUCGAAACCUCGUACUCCCGAACCACAUCCCCCAAUUCUAAUCACUGCGCAAUCGAGCUCGAAGACCAGAGCAUCAGCGCCAUCGUCACCGAACGCCAGCAGCAGAUGGACGCGAUUUUGCCCCAGAUCUCAAGCUUGGAAACAGUCAUGGAUAGUGUCCAACAUCUUCACCGGCAACUCGUCGAGCAGAAGAACAAGAUCAUCGAAUCCAUGAUAUUGCACAAGAGACUCGGAUCGGCUCUCUGGCGCUUUCCAACUGAAAUCCUAACCCAAAUUUUUCACCAUUGUCUCCCGCAAAUUCCGCAAUUCGAGGGAUUGCAGCCGCCAUCAGAGCUAGAAGUUCCCAUGCUGUUGACGAGAAUAUGCCGACGAUGGAGGGAGGUUGCUCUGGGCAUGCCCAGUUUGUGGUGUGAGCUGUCUGUGGAUGUUGUCGACGUGAAUUGGCAACGAGCAGCCUUCUGCUAUGAUACAUGGCUCAAGCGAACACGAGGACAUCCGCUCUCGUUAACACUUCAGUUCAACGAAUAUGACCACUCGACCAAGCUACGGCACCUUCUUCAGCCUUACAUCAGUCAAAUCACAUCCCUAUCUGUCGAUUUUUACUACCCCGACACACCUGGACUAGUUAUCCUCCCAGACUUCUUAGCGCUCGAGGAGCUAUCCGUGGUAAUUUGUGCUGUUAUGCUUACUAAUCCUCUACCAGCUAUUGGACACUAUAUCUCGCAAUUGUCCACUCUGCGAAGUUUUAGCGUAACAGGGUUGUGGUUUGACCAUGAGGACUUGUCCUUUUUCGAACCCGUAUGGCCCUGCCUGACAAAUGCCACGAUCGAUAUAGACGGACCAGAAACUGCUCUCCACUUACUCCAGCUAGCUCCCAACCUCUCCUCGUUGACGAUUCACAUGGUGGUCAAUGUCAUCCAAGCAUUAGAGUCAUUCACGCAUAUCAAACUGCAAUCCUUACACAUCACUUGCGAAUCUGAACGCCAAUUAUCCGACCUGCUUAACGCUCUCUCACUCCCCACUCUACGCGUACUCGAUGUUCGCGACGUACUAGAAUGGCCUCACAAGGAGUUCAAGGCAUUCCUGCUGCGGUCGAGGUGUCCUCUGGAGAGCCUGAUCGUCCGUGGUGGAGCGACGACAGAUGAGCAGCGGGCGGAGUAUAUUACCCUUGUUCCUUCGUUCCAAAUUGUAGCGCGAGGACUCUGAUAAGAGUCUUGAUACUUUUAGUUAUUAGACAUGAUCAUGUACUGUUAGCAGAUCUCUCUUCGCAGUUCAAGGUAUUACACUAUUCUUCAGCAUUUGUAAUAGUACCCUGAUCUGCGGGCAUUUGUCUUCCAG